UUGCAAACUGUACUUAUUUGCAUUAAAAAAAUCAUUUGCUGUACUGUAUUUAUAUUUGCAUUAAGAAUUUAUAAUCAUUUCUGUUGUUGCACGUUGAGGGGAUGAAGGAAGGCAAGGUUAUGGAACUCUUCCUUAUUUUACCAGAGGAAGUAUGUGGCUAUGUGCUGUUUUCAGUAGACCAUCGCUCAGUUUAGAUAAGUCUGCAGAGCAGUGAAGGCCACUCACAACACAACUGCUCUUACUGCUGGCCUUCGGUCUGAGACCAGGGCAGUAUUUCUUUACUCUAAACCACCUGCUUCAACUUUAUUGGGAGCAGCUAGCCAGAACUGAAGCUUUGCCCUCUGAAGGAAACAUGGAUAUUUAGCUGCUUAAAGUGAAAGCAUCCGUAGAGUUGCGGCCUCUAAACGGCCAUCAUGGGGAAUGUGAUGAGGCAGGAAAAGACAAACCCAGAGCCAGACAACUCUGAUAGCAUGUUUAAAGCUUGUUCAUCUACAUUUACAGACUGUGACAGUCUUGUGGUGCUCUCUGAUUACCCAUGUCGAGACAUUAGUGAACCGAUCUUUAAGAUCGGGGACAAACUCAAAGGUCUUUCUCAAGAGGGUUGCUGGUGGAAAGUACGUUCUCGUCAACAAGGAACUGAGAAUUACAUUCCAAGUAAUUAUGUGGCAAAGGUUUAUCAUGGAUGGCUGUUUGAGGGGAUUAGCAGACAAAAGGCAGAAGAGCUUUUGUUACUGCCUGGUAACGGUGUUGGAUCAUUCCUUAUUAGAGAAAGUCCGCAAGAGAGAGGUGUAUAUUCUCUCUCUGUGAGACACAGGACCAUAAAGCACUAUAAAAUAUUCCGUCUGACUAAUAGCUGGUACUACAUCUCCCCACGGCUUACCUUUCAGUGUCUAGAGGACAUGGUCAAUCACUACUCUGACUCAUCAGAUGGUAUAUGUUGUGCUCUCAGCACUCCGUGUCUAGCUCUGUCCAACCCUGCGUCGAGAACAACCCGGGAAGCACCACCUGUGGUAAUGCGCCAUAACUUGGAUUGGAAGAAUGUGAAUAAGUCACAGCUGAUGAGCACAGGCGAGCUGGAUAACAUGGACAGCAAAGAUAACAUGAUGAGCUACGGUGUGAGGAGCAGCAUAGCUGCCUAUCUGUCUUUAACAUCAGUACCUGAGCUAGAGAACGCCAAAGGCCGCAAGAAGAAGGGGAAGUCUGUCUACGUGAUGCCUGACCACAGUAAUAGAAAUGCAGAUGAGGACUAUUAGUUUAUGAGCAUAGACAUUUAAACUAUCGACACAAUGCUAUGGACUGUAAUAUUUUUGCACUGGGUUAAGCAAAUCUUUCGCAUACAUGUCCAGGUCACUUUUCUAUGGAAGCCUUUUCCGCCAUGGAUAAAAAAAAUAUGAAAGCAUAAUUGUGACUUUUUAACUAAGACUCAGAAUUGUGGGAUAUAAACAUAUUUUUUUCUUUGCACUUUUUUUCUUGCACUUCUGAGUUUACAUUUCCC